AUAAGUCCUUCAGUCACCGUUUCAGCGUGAAGUUGUAUCGAACAAGGCGUAUUUCUUAGCAUAAAGACGGAUUGUGCCAUGUGCCUUGAAGCGCCUCAUAGCGCCUUGAAAAGAGGACAUACUGUAUAAUAUUUUGUUUGUUUGUUCUUAAGUUUGUGGAAAGUGCUCGCAACAUUUUAUAAUACUAAGUCAAGCUUUGGCACAUCGACAUUAAUAUUUCUCGACGUUACUAAUCGAACUGUUGAUCAAUUAAUUUCGAUUAAUCGAACGUUCGAUUUGGUUCGACUAGUAACCUCGAAGACAUUUACGUCUGCGUCGGUUCGUAGGUUUUUGAUUCCUCGUAAGCAACGGUAAGGAGACAGUGUAAAUGCGUAUCUGUUGCGUUUCAAUUAAUAAGACUUAUUUCCAAAGGAUGCAGUUGUUGAAGAUUUGACUUUUCCGCACCGAUCUUUAGUUUCAGUCCUCGGCUGUUAAAAAUCUUGCAAUAUUGUACUAGUUAGACGAUAUGAAAUUAUUAUAAAAUAAUGCGGAAAAACUACGAUUACUCCGGCUGCCCUGGGCUGAUUUCGAUCGUGAAAUACGCAACAAGUAUGACAUUCAGUGUUGGUGGUCAUUUCAACGUAUUGAUGCGAAAAGAAAACUGAGGAAUUCGGAAUUCCCUAUAAGGACAGGCAUAGUCAGUUAUUAAAACCGAAGUAGUGGGCAGUUUCAUUUUAUAAGCGGAAGUUGUCUGAGUAAAAUGAUGCUUAUUAUAAUUAUUCUUUGGGCUCUACUUUCCAUAUACAUUUUCCGGGCCGAAGAAAACUGAAGCAUUUCUCGAAAGAAGGAAUCUUCUUUUCUUAGCCGUGUCUUUAAGAUCGAUAGAAAUAACUUGCUGUAGUAGGAAUCUUUUAACUGACGCAGAAUUGUGCACUUCGGUCGCGAGUCGACCCCUUUUCAGCGUUCGCAACAUACCAAGGGGUUCGUUCCUGAUGCGGAACAGAAUUAUGUGCUUACGCGCACAUCAAUACUUUCGUCUACAGUAAAGGCGAUUCGUCAUUGUGAAAUUUCUCAGUGCUUUAUAGUUACCCCUAGUUUACCGUCUAAGGCCGAGAAGAGAGAAAUACGUGCUUGGAAUAUAAGAACUUUAAAACAGCUGCAUCGCAGUGACUGGAGUGACAGCCUCAAUUGAGUGCUUCGCAUAUGGCGUUCCACUGGUGUUAAUAGAAGGAGAAAAGUCUUCACUGUUAGGAUUAUUUACUGCCAAGUUGAUCUCAAAACAAAAAUGGCGGACAAUGAUAUUGUGGAGGAACUGACCGUUGAGCAUGGAAGGCGAACGCUGGUGGCCAGCGCGUUCGAACGAAUACGACUGUUAUUUCAUGUGCUUGUCCACUUCAGCUCGCCAGAGGAGAGUGCUGUUAAAAGUGGAAUUCAGUGGCUGGCUUUAAAAGGCGAGAAAGAGGCAGUGGCCAAAGCGAAGGAAUACAUCAAGUCGCUUUGUAAUCCAGAGUUAGACAUUUCUGUUCCGUUCAGUGAACAGUUUUACAAUGUGCUUUUUAAGUUACGAGACGACCUUGAAAGAACGACCAGUGCUGUGGUUAAGUUUCCUUCACGGAACAACUGCACGUUACAAGGCAGCGCAGAGGCCGUCACUUUGGCACAGUCUUUGAUUGAGGAUAAAAUAAGAUCACCGCCGAACACCACUCUGCCUCAUCCGCCGAGUAUUGAGCCGCAGUUAAGAGAAUUUGCCAUAAAACUAGGCUAUUCUAAUCAAGUGAUUGAUCAAGCUGUUCAAAAGCUAGGAACAAACGUUACUCAAAAUACACUGUUGAAUGAACUUCUCAAAACAACAGCAUCGUUGCCGUAUCAGAUAUCCGCUUCGUCUCCCCAACCAAAGCCUGCUCCAGCAGCAGUAGCACAGUAUCCUCCAAGAAGAGAAGUUGUUGCAAGGGGAGCCCCAAACACACCCCCAGCACACAUGUUGAGGGCUGGCUAUGAAAACCCUACAGACAAGGUGAUCAGAGCUCCCCUUCAUGGUGUUCAACCCAACUGGGAUAGAGACGCUAUCGCAAGAGGUGCUUCAGCUGUGUUGCCGAGACCGAGUUACGAAUUACCUAGUGAUGUUUUGGAGCGAGGAAUAGCAGUUCCCAGAGGUACUAAAAGAGUUCUUGAGCGCCCUAGCGAUAUCAUUGCAAGGGGCUCUUCUUCUGUUCAGCCCCUUAUGCAACUGCAACCUUACAGCAACCCAGCAUCAACAAUGUAUGAUGGCCACAGAGAAGCUGGCAGCAGUGGCAUGAGUGCUAGUGAUAGGCUAGAUGAAGAAGAGAAACUCAUGUACCAACAAAUUCUUGGUGCCAAAAAGGUUGCAGGGAAUUCAUCCUCAAACUUGAGGCCUGUAGUGAUUGAUGGAAGCAAUGUUGCAAUGAGCCAUGGACGGCAAGAUGUUUACUCUUGUAAAGGCAUACAACUGUCUGUGGAUUGGUUCAGAGCAAAAGGGCACAAAGAAAUCACUGUGUUUGUGCCAUCUUGGCGCAAGGAAGCAUCCCGUCCAGACAAACCAAUUACAGAUCAGGACAUUCUGUACAACUUAGAACGUGAUGGUAUCUUAGUUUUCACUCCUUCAAGGAAAGUGAAUGGAAGAAGAAUUGUCUGUUAUGAUGAUCGAUUUAUCAUAAAACUAGCAGCGGAAACAGAUGGUAUUGUUUUGUCAAAUGAUAACUACAGAGACUUAGUUAACGAGAAUCCAAAGUGGAGAGAGACAAUUGAACAGAGACUUCUCAUGUACUCUUUUGUUGGGGACAAGUUUAUGGUUCCUGACGAUCCACUUGGCAAACAUGGGCCAAGUCUUGAUAACUUUCUUCGGAAGGGUUCAGCAACUCACCCAAGGAUUUGUCCGUAUCUAAAGAAGUGCACCUAUGGGUUGAAGUGCAGGUUCUAUCAUCCUGAAAGAGAUCAAGAAGCCAUGAAUGUGAAACUGGAGAGACUGAUUGGCAUAUUUGGGGAGUCUGUACCAGAAGUAGCCAUGCGAAAGGCAAUUAGUGAUAACCCCACCGCUACUGUCACCAUAUUAGCUAAUAUUUUAUGUGAUAUGGGAAAUGGACAUGGUAAACACUAAACUCUUGGAGUUCUGAACUGUAUAAUUGAAACUUGUGUACUUCUAAUACUUUCCCUAUACAUUACGGUACUUGAACAAUGACUUGUAUAAAAGGGUGAAUGAAUUCAAGCCAUUGAGUCAGUCAAAUCAGCAUUUCUUUCCCUUUUGGCACCACAAUAUAUAGUUUGGAAGUUUUGUAUUUGUUUGGUGCCAUCCUAACUGAGUGUCUCUCUUUUCUGUACAUUGUAGGUUCGGUACUUGUUUCUAUGGUUCUGUGGCACGUUUUAAGUAAUUUAAGUAAUAUUAUGCCCUGAAAUAAGUUUACCUUUUUGUCUUGUUUAUGCUACACGUGUGCAGUGAGUAGAACUGAACUAGUCACAUAGCAUUGCACUCAGGGUUUAGUUAACUUAGUAUUCCAGAUAAGCAUAGGUCUUAUUUCAUUGGUUGGAUACCAAGUGAUUUAGCUUAUUUCUCUCGAAGCUGAAUCAAGAAUGUGAUGAAGCAGUGUUUUUGCUUUUUCCAUGUGGCUAGUGUUGUUGAAAUGUCCACAUCUUGUCAAUUUCCCCUGCUUGGGUAGAAAGCGGCAGAUGUUUGUAAACCCCCUAAUGUGUAUACCAGUUCUGGCAUUACUUGACACAUUGUUUCCACUCUUGACUUGGUAAUAGCUAAUAGUAAAUCUGCAAGUGCAUGUAACAUAAAUACGACAUCCUGAACUGAGUGAGAACAGUGUGUUGAGCAAUGUCAGAGCACAAGGUAUAAGUUAAGGUUACUCUCUGUGAGAGCAAACAGUAAAUUAUGUGAUCUCUAUGUGGUCAUUAAUAAAGAAAAUGUUUUGAAAUCAAAAACGAAAAAAAGGGAAAAAGGAAAAGACGAAAAAAUAAUGUAAGAGAAUAAUGGCAAGGUGUUGUAGUUGAAAAAUGGGAAGCAAAAUAAUUUGACAUUCACUUUGCUGAAUAACGAAGUUUUGUUUGUUUAAAGACAAUUUUAAGUACGAAACAGUUUUGGUUAAAAUACAUAGCUGGAAAGAAUUAGGCAGCUUUGGAAUAUUUUACUGCCAUCCAUUUUGUUUGAAAUAAUAGCAAAUAAUUUUGUAACUGUGCUUUAGAGAGAAUGUGGACUGCCAUAUGAUGUCAUUUAGUGUGCUGUGUAUUGUCAUAAUUAGUGAAUAUUUUGCACAUGUAUUUCAUGUUUAUUACAUGUGCUACUAAUGCAUUUAGUUUUUAAUUAUAAUUAGUUAAGCUGCAAUUGUUGUGAGCAUACUUAUGCAAAUUAAAUUGCACUAUCUCUCUUUAAUCUAUAUGUAUGUAUUAUUUUCUAAGAAAAGUCAAAAUAAAGAUUAAAAAAAACAGAAAGUAAA